GACAUUAGAGAGACAAGAGCAGACAAGAGCGGGACUGAAUUUCAGCUGGGUUCUGCUGACAUUUCACAUUUGUCGACAUGUAAAAAAUAAUUGAUUCGUUCAUUUAAAAACAAUUAAUAAGCUAACUAAUCAACGUAAUAAAGGGCUAUCGUAAUAGUUAAACUUGUUAAUUAUUCAUUAGUAAAGAUGGACUACCACACACUUUUGGAGAAAGUGCAACACCUGACCACAACUUUAUCUCAUUUGCAGGAAUUCAUCGAUAUAAAAUUUGACUUGGAUUUUAAAGAAUUUCUUCGCAAAAAGCAUUCUCCUCCCGGCUCUACCCCGCAAACUGGGAAUGAAAGAAGCAAAUCUUACCAAGUAUCCCCUCCACAAACGGAACCCAAUAACGACACAUUUGAACCGGAAGUUCCAAACAGUAACGGCAUCCAGCACGAGAACGACGUGAAGGUUGAAGUUAUCGAAACUUUUCCGUAUUACGAGGCUGUUCUCGAGUCAAAUGAAGGUUCACCAGGGCAGUUUUUCGGGAACGAUGAAAACGAAGAUGCAAAUCAGGAUGAAGACGACAAUUUAGAAGACAUGGAAGUGGACAAAUUUUCCAUUGACCCUCUGUCUUUUACACCAGCUACUUCCGGUCUACCGCGUUGGAAGACGCAGACAACUCCAGCCAACAAAAAAUCGUCCUUGCGUCCAUCCCGCCUUUCCCUGCAACGACCCCCCGCAGGAGACCCCCUGCGCCACGCCCAGUACGGAAUUUGGUACAAAAUGUCGGCAAAAGGCAAUGAGAAACUUGUCUACAAUUCGUACGAGUACAGCUUCAAGCGAUGCCGAGAAGCACGACGGACAAGUGGUCGGAUUAUGGAUUGGACCUGCGUCAAAAAGAAUCACGGGUGUGGGGCCAGAAUUUCACAGACGGAGGAUGGCACCCCGACCGUGGUUGCGUCUGCGCAUAAUCAUGAUGUGCCGUGAUAUGUAAAUAUGUACAUAUGUACAGGGUGGUUUAUGUAAAUGUCAGGUUACAAUGGAAAAUUUUUGAAUGAGAAAAAUUCGUAAAUUUCCAGUAGUUACAGAUUUGGGAUUGAGAUUUUUAUUAAUUUUUAUCAAAACUUAUAGAACACUGAUGACAAAAUUCUUAAAAUAUUGAAUUUCAGGGGCAGAAUUUCGGUAACUGGUGGAGAUUUGCGAAUUUUUCCCAUUGAAAAAUUUCCCAUUGUAGGUAACCAGACAUUUAAACCACCCUGUACAUUACAUAUGUAGUUAUGGCCUUUUUUUUGUUUUUGUGAAAAUGAGUGGUAAAUUAGGAUAUGAGAAAGACUCAAAAACUAAAACAAUAUUUUUCAUAUCAUUUAAUAUUUAUAUAAUAUUUACAUACAUUCAUGUAAUUGAAUUGUCAUUUUUAAACCGUGGGUUUCAAUAAAUUCGGAAAUGGUAUUUUUGUUACUCAACUUUUCCGUCUAAUCAAAAAGC